CCCUAUGUCUGUGUCAACUAUCACAUGUCUAUGAAGAGAGAAACUAUAAGAGAGAAACUGUAAAUCAGAAGGCUCACAAAGCUGGAGGUCUAGGAGAAGGUGUGCUUAAGCAACUUGCGAGUCUGUGGGAGCUAGCCUUAGUCUCUAGGUCUAUACAGAUGGACUACAGUGUUUUGGCUCUGAGGAGGGAGAAGAGAGGACGUUGCUACGAAGAGAAUCUGCUCUCAGAGUUGCCCUACAAACUCAGCUGUCGGCCAUACCUGACAGAUUCAGAAAAGCAUAAAAACACAUGGUCCAGUGUGUGGAACACAAACACAACAUGGUAAGGAAGGCAAACAAUGGUUCGUAGUGGAAAGAAUGGUGGGCUCCAUCUGAAACAGAUCUCUUAUUACAAACGAACAGGGGAAUAUCAUCCAACUACAUUAGCAAGUGAAAGAAGUGGAAUAAGAAGAGCAGCCAAAAAAUUUGUUUUCAAAGAAAAUAAAUUAUUCUAUGUGGGGAAAGACAGGAAACAGAUGCGUUUGGUAAUUGUCUCAGAUGAGGAGAAGAAGAGAGUUCUACACAAAUGCCAUGAAAGCCCUGCAGGUGCACAUCAUGGCAUAUCAAGGACUCUGACUCUGGUGGAGUCUAAUUACUACUGGACUUCCGUAACAAAUGACGUCAAACAGUGGGUAUAUGCUUGCCAGCAUUGCCAGGUGGCAAAGAAUACAGCCAUCAUAGUACCAAAAUUACACCCUAUCAAAGCAGAGGAUCCAUGGACUGCAGUUGCUAUAGACGUAAUAGGACCUUUUAAUGCCACCAGCAGAAAUCAUAUGCAUGUCAUGAUGAUGACAGACUUGUUCACAAAAUGGGUGGUAGUUCUGCCAUUGCAAGACACUUCAGCUGUAGAAAUUGCUAAGGCAAUUGUCAGUGUGUUUUUCUUGUAUGGCCCACCUCAAAAAAUGAUUAUUGACCAAGCAGAAGAGUUUGUUCAUCAGAUCAACAGAGAACUAUUUGAGCUCUUUGGAAUGAAACAAGUGGUAUUGUCCUACCCUCAGAAAGAUGACAGAAAUGAAAAAACAUGCAAGAUAAUCAAAACAUUCCUGAACAAAUACUGCUCAGACCACCCCAACGACUGGGAUAAUAAUUUAUCUGCUAUUGCAUAUGCUUUUAAUUUGACUUGUUUGGAGCCAGUACAAAACACACCAUAUUUCCAAAUGUUUAAUCGUAACCCUUAUGUGUCUGAGACUUCAAAUGUACUGCAGGAAGCACAUGAGGAUAAUACAUGUAUGUUUGCCAAAAUUCUUGAAGCAAUUAAACAAGCUGAUCGAGUUUUAGAGGAAAGGAAAGCUACAAAAUGCCAGAUUGUGAAAAAUAGGCUUGAUGAACAGCAAACUGGAAACAAGGUCAAUGUUAAAAGGAAGUCAAAGCAAGUAAAUCCAUUUCAUCUUAAAGUUGGACAUGAAGUACUAAGACAAAAAAAAAACUGGUGGAAAGAUGGCCGUUUCCAGUCAGAGUGGAUUGGUCCCUGUAUUAUAGACUACAUCACAGAUAAUGGAUGUGCAAUCCUAAGAGAUAACACAGGAUCCAGACUAAAAAGGCCCAUCAAAAUGUCUCACCUUAAGCCAUAUAUAAGAAGAUCUAAUGGACAAGACAACCAUUAUCUCUUACAAGGUGCAAUAGUGGUUGACCAUGACUACAUUUGCUUAUCGGAAAGUUCAUAUGGGCCAUGCCUACAAGACAGCACUGCUGAAGGGGAAGUAAAUACCCUUGCAGCAAACAAUCUGCUGCCUCCACCUGGCAAAGACAGUGAACCCUCAGACAGUAAAAGUCAUUCAGAGUUUACUGAUGAUCAUAGCAUUCUGUCAGCUAACUCAAAUCAAGAACAAUGGUCUUCAACCUGUUGGACUUUUCAAACCAAACUAGAGGAGACUUAAGUAAAUAAAACCCUACAAUGUUUCAUUAGAAGAAGUGGUCCUAAACUUCUCUGGUGGAAUUGAAAGGGCUUCAGUAGCUUUAAAUUGCUUAGCCAAAUUUUAAAUAUUGAAAUGUUAAGAUACUUGUAUUUACAACUGUAUAUGUUUGUGAAUAAUAGUAUGUGUCUGGUAAUUAGUUUGUAUAUAUGCAUUAACAUGUUUGUUUUACAAGAAAUAUGGAAAUAGUUGAGUAAAAGCACAUUUCACUACU